UAGCGGGGAUCGAUUGGUCAGGUCUGGGUAAAGGGAAAUGGAAGUCCGCAGACGGGGAUAAGAGAUUGAAAUCCGAAUGUGGAACUUUUUUGUUUUUGUCUGUGAGGAAAUACUUUUAGGGAAAUGUCUCUUCGGACGUUUUGUGUGUGAUACCUUUCAUGUGCAGACCAUUAAUUGGACAAAGAACUAGUAGAUUCCUAUCAGAUUUGUUUAUUGAUUUGAUCAGAUGAGCAGCCUCAGUAAGUGCAGUGAACAGACCGACAACAGAAACAGCCUCCAUUCCAGAGCUGCCUCUCCUCAGCCCAAGACUGCUGCACUACAGCAUGUAGACUGCAGUGCUUUCUCCUGAAGCUUUUGCAAAUGAAAAUGGAGGACGUGUCUCUGUCCAGUAUGGACAACAGUAAGAUGGAGGGCGUUGCUCAGGAGAUCUUGUCUGACCUGGUGGAGGAUGCCUGUUUGGGGCUCUGUUUUGAAGUUCACAGGGCUGUCAAACAGGGAUACUUUUUUCUGGAUGAUACAGACCAGGAGAGUAUGAAAGACUUUGAAAUCGUGGACCAGCCUGGAGUAGACAUUUUUGGGCAAGUGUACAACCAAUGGAAAAACAAAGAGUGUGUGUGUCCCAACUGCAGCCGGAGCAUCGCUGCCUCACGAUUUGCUCCUCACCUGGAGAAAUGCCUCGGCAUGGGCCGCAACAGCAGUCGUAUUGCCAGCCGCAGAAUUGCGAGUGGCAACAACACGAACAAAUCAGAGAGCGAUCAAGAAGACAACGAUGAUGUCAAUGACAAUGACUGGUCUUAUGGGGCAGAAAAGAAAGCCAAGAAGAGAAAGUCAGAUAAGAAUCCAAAUUCACCAAGAAGAUCCAAAUCCAUGAAACAUAAAAAUGCUUUGCUGGGUCCUAAGAGAUGUGUGGAGAACCAGGACAGUUUGUGCUUGUUGCUAAGAGAGGAGACAUUCUCUCAGUAACACUGUGGGUAUCAGGAGUCACUCACUACCCACAGUGCCACACUGUUCACCUUAUCACGGGAUUGUAUGAUCUAAAUUAUGCUGAUCAGUGGAGGAGAUGUGGACUAAUUCUUCUGUCAUUCAGUUUACAUAAAUUUUUUUUUACAUUUUCAACUUCAGAAUUUGUGUGCACAAUCUCUCAUAUCCUGCUCGUGCAUCUUUGAUGGCUGGUUUAAAAAACGACACAUCUAGAAAAGAGGAACUUGCACGAUUCUCUCAGGGAGGAAGUUAGAACUCAUCAUAUCGGCAGACAGACGCUGGGCCAGUUGAGCUCUCCCAUCACUAAGGUGUAGGAUUCUUUCUAAAUGAAAUUGAAAUGAAAAAUCCUCAUUCUGGGAGGAUUUUACAGCAGUUAAUAAUGAAAUCGUUAAAGAUUUAAUAGCAAAAAAAUUAAGAUCAUAAAUCAGUGUGAACAGUUUUCCGUCGGGUAAUUACUACACAGUUUCUUAUUACAUUUUUUUGGAGAAUCAUGAUCCAUUGAGUAUUUUCUUUUCUCCAUAGUUUAAUAGCCAAAGCGUGAUACAGUUGUACUGUAUUAUGUCACUAGUUCUAUAGCACAUUAUCAUACAUCAUUGUAUUUUUUUUUCUCAAUUUUUCUAUGUAUUAGAUGUUUACAGUGUAAGGUGUCCUGUGCGGUCUCACUUUGUGACUGUGUUUAUUUGACUAGGUGAAAGAUGCUGCUAUCCUGACCAUAAGCCAUACGCUUAUGGGCAUGUCAUCAAUGUAAUAAAAUAUCAGAACUCUGAA